UGCCACUGGACGCGGGGAAGGGGAACGAGGCUCACCGGCACAGUUCCUGGCGAGAAGCUCAGGGCUCGAACCGAAGUGCGUGUGAUGUGCUGAGCCGGGACAAGCUGCGCCUGUUUGGGGAAUACGAAGACACCGGGAGGGAGAACCACCUUCGUCUGUUUUUCAGCCGCAUGUUCUGUGGAGAGCGCGCGCGCGAGAGAGAGAGAGAGCGAGAAGGGGAGAGAGUCCUGUAAGGAAAGCGCGUUCUUCAUCCCCACACAAGUUUCGGUGCCUCAUGUUUGGCUUUUCUCGCCUGCCGGACGCGGUGUCGGUGUGAAUGUGCGUGGUGCCCGCUGAGACAGGCGCUCUGUUCUGAUUUCUGCGCUGAGAAAGCAGCAGCCCUUCUUUUCUGACUCCCUCACUCACUCCCUCACUCAGUCACUCACUCAGUCAGUCAGCUGCGGCUGAGACGCACCGAGCGGCGGCAUGGAGAACGCACACACCAAGAGUGUGGAGGAAGUUUACAGCUUUUUGAGCGUGAACGAGAGCACGGGACUGACGCUAGACCAAGUGAAAAAGCAGAGGGAGAAAUGGGGGCCAAACGAGUUGCCCGCUGAGGAAGGAAAAUCUAUAUGGGAGCUGGUCAUUGAGCAAUUUGAGGAUUUACUUGUGCGGAUUCUUCUACUGGCAGCUUGUAUAUCUUUUGUUUUAGCCUGGUUUGAAGAGGGAGAAGAGACAAUCACAGCCUUUGUGGAGCCUUUCGUAAUCUUGCUUAUUCUUAUAGCCAAUGCCAUCGUAGGUGUGUGGCAGGAGCGUAAUGCUGAGAAUGCCAUUGAGGCUCUUAAGGAGUACGAGCCUGAGAUGGGGAAGGUGUACCGCCAGGACAGGAAAACUGUGCAGAGGAUCAAGGCCAAAGACAUAGUGCCUGGAGACAUUGUGGAGGUGGCUGUGGGAGACAAAGUCCCUGCAGAUAUCCGCAUCUGUUCCAUCAAGUCCACCACACUGAGAGUGGACCAGUCCAUCCUCACGGGCGAGUCUGUCUCAGUCAUAAAGCACACCGACCCAGUUCCCGACCCUCGCGCUGUCAAUCAGGACAAGAAGAACAUGCUGUUCUCUGGCACUAACAUCGCAGCUGGUAAGGCUGUGGGCGUGGUGGUGGCCACAGGUGUGAACACUGAAAUCGGUAAGAUCCGAGACGAGAUGGCGUCCACUGAGCAGGAGAAGACUCCCCUGCAGCAGAAGCUGGACGAGUUCGGCGAGCAGCUCUCUAAGGUCAUCUCCCUCAUCUGCAUUGCCGUGUGGAUCAUCAACAUCGGCCACUUCAACGACCCCGUGCACGGUGGCUCCUGGGUCCGCGGUGCCGUCUACUACUUCAAGAUCGCUGUGGCGCUGGCUGUGGCCGCCAUUCCAGAGGGGCUUCCCGCUGUCAUCACCACCUGCCUGGCCUUGGGCACCCGCCGCAUGGCCAAGAAGAACGCCAUUGUCCGCUCCCUGCCUUCAGUUGAGACUCUGGGCUGCACAUCGGUCAUCUGUUCUGAUAAGACUGGCACCCUCACCACCAAUCAGAUGUCUGUGUGCAGAAUGUUCAUUCUGGACAAAGCUGAGGGUGAGAGCUGCUCUCUGACUGAGUUCACCAUCUCUGGAUCCACAUACGCACCCGAGGGAGAUGUGUUUCUGGAUAACCGGGUGGUGAAAUGCUCUGGAUAUGAUGCUCUGGUAGAGCUGGCCACCAUUUGUGCUCUCUGUAACGACUCCUCUUUGGACUUCAAUGAGUCUAAAGGUGUGUAUGAGAAGGUGGGAGAGGCCACAGAGACGGCUCUAACCUGUCUGGUGGAGAAGAUGAACGUGUUUGACACGGAUGUCAGAAACCUUUCCAGGAUUGAGAGAGCCAAUGCUUGCAAUGCAGUGAUCAAGCAGCUGAUGAAGAAGGAGUUUACCUUGGAGUUCUCCCGGGACAGGAAGUCCAUGUCUGUUUACUGCUCCCCCAGCAAGGGCAAGUCCACUUCCAGCAAGAUGUUUGUCAAGGGAGCCCCAGAGGGAGUGAUUGACAGGUGCACAUAUGUACGAGUGGGCGGCACCCGGGUGCCCAUGUCUCAGGGCAUUAAGGAAAAGAUCAUGUCUGUGAUCAGGGAAUAUGGCACUGGGAGGGACACACUACGCUGCCUGGCUUUGGCCACCCGCGACAGCCCGCCCAAGAAGGAGGAGAUGGUUUUGAGCGACACAGUGCGCUUCCCAGAGUAUGAGUCUGAUCUGACGUUUGUGGGCUGCGUGGGCAUGCUAGACCCUCCCAGGGCGGAAGUGGCCGCCUCCAUCAAGCUCUGUCGCCAGGCUGGCAUCCGGGUCAUCAUGAUCACGGGUGACAACAAGGGCACGGCAGUGGCGAUCUGCAGACGCAUCGGAAUCUUCUCUGAGGACGACGACAUUGAGCGCAUGGCCUUCACAGGUCGUGAGUUUGAUGACCUCUCCCCCCACGCCCAGCUUGAGGCAGUCACGGCCGCCCGCUGCUUCGCCCGCGUCGAGCCCUCACACAAGUCCAAGAUCGUGGAGUUCCUUCAGGGCUUCGAUGAGAUCACUGCCAUGACGGGAGAUGGGGUGAACGAUGCCCCUGCCCUGAAGAAGGCAGAGAUUGGCAUCGCCAUGGGCUCUGGCACUGCCGUGGCCAAGACAGCCUCGGAAAUGGUCCUCGCUGACGACAACUUUGCAACUAUUGUGGCUGCUGUUGAGGAAGGACGAGCCAUUUACAACAACAUGAAACAGUUUAUACGCUACCUCAUCUCCUCCAACGUGGGAGAGGUCGUCUGCAUCUUCCUGACGGCCGCACUGGGUUUCCCUGAGGCUCUGAUCCCGGUGCAGCUGUUGUGGGUGAACCUCGUGACAGACGGCCUGCCCGCCACCGCUCUAGGCUUCAACCCCCCCGACCUGGAUAUCAUGAACAAGCAGCCCCGCAAUGCCAAGGAGCCCCUCAUCUCUGGCUGGCUAUUUUUCAGAUACCUGGCCAUUGGCUGCUACGUGGGUGCCGCUACAGUGGGAGCAGCAGCCUGGUGGUUCACUGUGGCUGAUGACGGACCUCAGGUCACCCUCUACCAGCUGAGCCACUUCCUGCAGUGUGCUCCUGAUCAUCCUGAUUUUCACGAUCUGGAGUGUCAUGUGUUUGAGUCUCCGUACCCCAUGACCAUGGCCCUGUCUGUGCUGGUCACCAUUGAGAUGUGCAACGCUCUCAACAGUCUGUCUGAGAACCAGUCUCUGCUGCGGAUGCCCCCAUGGGAGAAUGUUUGGCUGUUGGGAGCCAUUUGCCUUUCCAUGUCCCUGCAUUUCCUCAUCCUCUAUGUGGAGCCGUUGCCGGUCAUCUUCCAGAUCACUCCUCUGAACGUGAGUCAGUGGCUGAUGGUGCUGAAAAUCUCUGUGCCAGUCAUCCUGCUGGACGAAGUGCUCAAGUUCGUCGCUCGAAACUACUUGGAGCCGGCGCGGGCCAUCUGAGCCUGGCUGGCUCUCUCGGUAACCCUUGCAGAAGCUGUAAAGGUUUCAGUAGUUUAGUGCGUGUGUUUUGAGCAGUACCACAUCAUCCAAGACCUGCAUGCCAACUGUGCUAAAAAGAAAAAGAUGUAUAAUUAGUUUAGAAAGAAAAAAGGAGGUUUGUUCAUUUUAAAUGAAUAGAGAAGACAAAAUUGGUGGAAAUGUAUCAUUUUCAGAAGGGAAUUAAUUCUUCAUGGUGCAUGCCCCUCCAGCUAUUCAGGCAUUUUGUGCUGGUAAAACUAUAAGCUUUUGUAUAGCACAGCAACACUUAAUUUAUAUAUAUAUAUAUAUAUAAGAAAUACCAGACGGCAUUAGUGACGGCACCUGUUUUUUUUUUGUUGUUUUUUUUUCCAGAGGAUUUUUUUUUGUGAGAUGUGUAUAUCAACCAAAUGAUAACUAUUGCUUUGCACAGUGAUGUGCGUCCUGUUUUAGAGCAGAUGAGUUUCAGCAUGGAGGAGUGUGAAAAGCAGCCAGUCGUUCUUAAGUUCUUAUGAUGACCAUUGGAAGGACACUGCCCCAUCAGUGUUGACUAUUGUAAUUAUUAUCACAAUGAUUUCUGGUCAAUAAAAUGACAAUAAAUAAAA